CGUUUUGAACAGUUAACAAAAACAACAGAACAUCAACUUAACUUGUUUUUUGUGUUUAGUGAUUUCAUUUCAAGACGCCAUUAGAAUGGCCAGCAUGUUUAUGAAAAAAAGGUUAAACAAUACUAAAUGAGCCAAGUGCAGAAAACUACACAUGCCAAAACUGUUUGGAGAAAGGCCACUGGACAUAUGAGUGUAAAGGAAAGAAGAAAUAUCUAUACAGACAGUCCAGGACCAAAGAGAUGUACAAGAGAAUGAAAGAGGAGGAAGAGAAGCAGAAGUUAGAAGUGUUAGCAAGAUCAAGGGCAGUUCUGCAGAAUAUCAAAAAGAACAAGAAAAAGAGAAAGAAAAAUAAUAAGAACAAUACUAAAGGGAGUGAUUCUUCUUCAAGCAGCAGCUCCGAUGACUCGAGUGAUGAUUCAGAUUCAGACAGUUCUUCAUCGUCUUCAUCCACAUCCUCAUCCUCCUCCUCAACAUCAUCAUCAAGUGACUCUAGUGACACAGGAAGCUCCUCUGAAAGUGACUCUGGUAAAGACAACAAAAAAAGAAGAAAGUCCCAGAAAACUAAGAAGAAAAAGCUCCGAAAGGAAUGAAAUGUUAGUUAUCUGGAAACACCUCCUCAACCUUUGAAUGCGUUAGUGUUCAUGCAUUUGUAAUAAUGUAUUAACAGAAGUUAAAAGUAUACUGUGUGGGUGUAUGUUCAGUGGGUCAGAUCCUUACCGUCUUAACAAGUUAACAGCUGUUGGUUCUUAAUAUCUUUAAUCGCUGAAUGCAAUCAUACCAGAAAAAAUACUUUACAGCUAAUAACAGGAAGUGUAAUUUCCAUCUCCAUGAACACAAGUAUUUAUUAGCUGAAUGUAGCACAACAUGCUCAUGGUGAGUUCGUGUUAUUGGUCUUUUACCAUCAUUGGUUGUGCCAUGCAACUUUUACCUUGUUAACUUUCUAAAGACCACAUUUAUUACCCAAUCUUCAUAAAACUAGGUCACAAUAUCUGUCUUAAUGAUAUCUUGGCUAUGCACAAAAUGGGUAAGUAUGCGUGAUAAAAAACUAGGUAAUUUGUUCAAAUUAAAGAAAAAACACUC